ACCGAACGUGGCCCAAAAUGUCCCAAAUUCAAAAUUAUGAUCCAAGCCGGCUUCAACCGAACUGUCAAACCUGUCACCUGGUGUGGUUUGUUUUGGUAAAUAGAAGAGCGGCGGACAGGAACCGCGAGGAGUAGCCGCAACAGCACUUUGCACACAGGCUUGCUAAAAUGUUAACCAAGUUACUUCCCAGACUUUCCGGCAAAUUAUGCGAAACAACCAUCAACAAGUACGGUGGGCAGUACAUCAGUGUGUGCUACGCCCACAAGGCAGCCGUCCUGCGCGAAGCCGGCAAACCCGUCGCACUGGAAACGGUGAAAAAGAACGAGAAGCUAAAAAACGAUGAGGUGCGCGUUAAGGUACACUAUUGCAGCCUCAACACUACGGACGUGAAAAUCAUUGCCGGAAAGCAUGCGGAGCUAAACGUGCCCUUGCCGUUCAUCCCCGGACACGAAUUUUCCGGCGAAAUUGUCGAAAUCGGCCAAGACAACCCGCACCAUUUCAACCGGGGCGAUCGGGUGGUGGUGAUGAACGAUCUGCAGGACCCGAAUGGGGGCCUCAUCUCGGAGGCGGUCGUAAAAAAUCGAGACGUCUGGACCGUACCGCAGUCGGUGCCGCUCAAAGAAAUGGCCGUCCUGCCGUACGGGCACGGUACCGCGCUGCUAACGUUCGCGCUGCACUGCAAUUUGAAGGAAAACGAUCUGAUACUGAUAACGGCCGGCCCGGCCGGUAUGGGACUGGCUGCGAUCGAUCUGGCGGUCAGCGUGUACAAAGCGAAGGUGAUUGCCGUGUGCGACACGGAGAGCAGCUCCGAUCUGGUGCGGCAGAAGGGCGCCCACAAGGUGGUCAGCAUGACGAAGAACAACUACACGAAGCUGUACAAGAACGUGCAGGACGCGAUGGGCGACAAGAAGGCGAAGCUGGCGUACGAUGCGGUCGGCAAGGGGUUGCUGCAUCUGCUUGCUGACUUCGUUGAACCAACCAACGGACAGCUCAUCUCGGUGGAUCCCUUCUUCAACGCGUCCAAAUUCCCCACCGAGGUGCCCGAAUUCGAGCGCCCGAAGCGAAAGGAAAAGGAGGGCAAACCGGACCAGGACCAGGAAUCGAAGGCAAAGCUGAUCCAAAACGUUCGCCACUUCGAUCUGUACGAGUAUCCGGAUGUCGAUACGUACCGGCAGAUGAUAGCGGACACGAUCGAGAUGCGCUCGGAGGGUAUGAUAGCGGGACAUAUUAGCAAAAUCUUUCCGCUGGCCAAAAUCCAACAAGCGAUCGAGUUCAUACAGCAGAAACAGUGCACGGGCAAGGUGCUGAUCGAUGUGCAGUGCCCGGAUGAGGAUGACUGUCCCGAGGGGAAGGACAAGAAGGAUAAGAAGAGUAAGGAGGGGGAUGGAGAGAAGAAGAAAUCGAAAGAUUAGAUAACGUUUAGAGGUUGGGUUUGAAAAGAGGGGGAUUUGGAGGAUAUGCAUUUGAGCAUUUUCGUUACACGGUAGGAGAAGGGCAAUCAUUUUCAUUGUACUUACCUCAUCUACUAAUUUUGCACUAUUUUUGAGCUUGAGUUUCGAAGGAAGAAAUCCUAAAUUGAUAUAGUCAUUAUACACUUAUUGUUGCAGAUUUAUAUAGUUCCCCAGGUUCACUAGCAUUUUCCAUUUGCUGCUGCAAGUUACUCUAGUUAUGCUGAUCCUUUGAAAAUAUUUAUUCAUUUCACAAAAGAAA